AUGCAUCCGAUCAAUUUUUCCGGAAUUAAAGCAAAAAAACCAACAAAUAUGGGUCAUCGAUGGUGCGAUAACCAUCGGAAAGAGAUGGAAGGAGCACAGUUGCACAAGCCACACCGCUUCAUCACUCUUCUCCCCAUUUCUAAAACCUAUUUCAGUGCGAAAGCGAUGAAGAAAAAAAAACGUAAGGAAUUGUUAAACUCAUUAAAACAAAGAAUCUUAAUGAUACCUAAAAAAUAUUUAUUGGAAAGAUAUGGGCGAUUCACAAAAACCUCCUUUCAUAUGCACAACAAAUCAGCGUUCAUGGAAGAAAAAAUCCCAUCCCCCGAGGAAUUAACUAUUGACAAUGCAGCGGUAAUGUCACAGGUCAUAAUAAUGAUCAAUAAUAAUGAAAUCGAAGCCGAGCAGAAACGAGUCGAACCGAUAUAUAUGGGAAUAUGUAAAAAUGCGUCGAAAAAGUCGUUGUUUGGCGGAUCAGUAAUUAUAGAAGAAACAGAAGGCGUUUUGACAGCGGAAAUCGAGAACUGUGAUGUGAUCGUCAAUCAGCAGCCAUUUCCUCGUUUCAUGCCACCGUCGUUUGGGAAAGAGAAAAAUAAAAGUCCACGGCGCUUCAUCGAGAAAAUGUUUCGGAUUUUUCAUAAAAAAUUCAGCAUGAAAAAAGUGUUACGUUUUAUUGGAAAAUUCUUUUGGGUUCUGUCGAUAAUUGCGAAUAUAAUUAAAAUUAUUUCAAUAAUUUAA